GUCAAGUUCGUAUUAAAGAUAUUUAUAUAGCUUUUAAACGUAUAUUAUAGUAAUGGAUAUAAUAUGGACAAUAGAUGGUCAAGAUAUCCAAUAUGUUAUGUUGCUAUUGAUCUUCCUUCGUCAAUGAUUGAUUAUAACAUUGAACCUGAUAAAUCCAGUUUAUUAUUUCUCUCUUUGGAAUCUGUUUUGGAGUUAUUGAAAUCAAUUUUGCAAAGUUUAUAUGGUGAUAUUCAUAAUAAUGAUCAGAAUAAUUCAACAAAAUAUGUAGGAAAAACUAAAGAGACUAAUUUUGAAAAUUACAAAUGUGAUAUGAUCUCAGACAUAGAUAAUGAAACUAUUGAAAGAGCUGAAAUUUCUCCUGAAAAAAAUAAAAUUGAUGACAGUAAUGAAGGUUUACUAAAUAAUAAUAAAUCAAAAAGUAAUCAUUUACAGUUGAAUGAAAGAAAUAAUAAUAAAAAUAAUAUCAGUGAUGAAGCUGCAUCAGAUGCAAUAAUUAUAAACGAAGAAAACUAUCAAAAUCCAAGUUCAAGAAAAGACUGUUUAAUACAAUCUUCAGAAAAUAAUAACAAUAUACCUAAAUGCAAAGAAAAAUCCUCUGAUGCUACUAUUGAAGAUCUUGUCACUGUAUGGUUAAAUGAUGAUGACGACUUUGAUGAAAUCAGUAAAGAAAUUGAAUUAGAAUUUCCAUCAGAAAAUGCUGAUGACAAUGAAAUUUUACAAUUGUCAAAUAACAAAGAUAAUUCAAAUUGCAAAAAUAUUACUAAUAAAGAUGAUAAUGCUUGCAAUAAAACAAUGGAAAAUAUAGAACAAGCAGAAAAGAAUGAAAGGAUUAAUUGGUCUCUUGGUAAUAUUAGAAAUGAACAAGGAAAUUUUAUUGAGGUAAUAUCAUAAAUUAAUAAUUGUACUAUUUUUUUAUUUUAUUGUGUAAUAUUUUAAGAUUUUAUUCCACAAAGAUAACGUAUA